AUGAAGGCAUGCAGACAGAAUAAAAGCAAGGAGCCACCGCAGUGUAUAGUGCACAAAUCACGUUCGGCAAUGCUCCACAUACGUUUAUCCUCUCCCUGGAGCGUCACUGUUGCAUUGGAAAUGCGAAAUGGAACAGGUAAUGGUACCAUGUCUGGAGGAAGUGGCAACGGCACCAUGUCAGGUGCCUGUGGGAAUGGGACCAUGACAGGAAAUGGAACCAGAGCUGGAAACGGAACCAUGCCGGGAUAUGGUGGUAACGGAACCAUGCCGGCAGGCUGUGGGAACGGCACCAUGAGUGGAAACGGAACCAUGUCCGGGAAUGGAACCAUGACUGGAGGUGGCAGAAACGGAACCAUGUCCGGGAAUGGAACCAUGACUGGAGGUGGCAGAAACGGAACCAUGUCCGGGAAUGGAACCAUGACUGGAGGUGGCAGAAACGGAACCAGUGGAAACAGAAGUCUCAGUGUCACUGAAAAUCAGUACCCGAAUCCCUACUACUACUACUAUUAUUAUUAUUAA